GAAAUAUAUGUAUAAAAGGACCUACUUUCAAGCCGCAAAGUCACAAUUAUACACAUUCAACAGUACGAAUUUUAAUACAUAAAGUACUAAAUAAACAUGCAAAUUUUCGUGAAGACACUAACUGGCAAGACUAUCACCCUCGAUGUGGAGUCCAGUGAUACGAUUGAUAAUGUGAAGGCCAAGAUACAAGACAAGGAAGGAAUCCCCCCCGAUCAGCAGCGACUGAUCUUUGCUGGUAAACAGCUUGAAGAUGGCCGCACACUUGCUGACUACAAUAUACAGAAAGAGUCAACUCUUCAUCUUGUUUUACGUUUGCGAGGUGGUAUGCAGAUAUUCGUCAAGACGCUCACUGGUAAAACUAUCACGUUGGAUGUCGAGUCUAGUGACACUAUAGAUAAUGUGAAAGCUAAAAUACAAGAUAAGGAAGGCAUACCACCAGAUCAGCAGCGACUGAUCUUCGCAGGUAAACAAUUAGAGGACGGCCGCAGUUUGGCUGAUUAUAACAUCCAAAAGGAGUCCACUUUGCACUUAGUUUUGAGAUUAAGAGGCGGAGCCAAGAAGAGGUGUGCACUUGAAGACUGCAACGAGAGGCAAGCUCCUAUUAUUGGUGAUUGUCGAUUUUGUGUCAUGAAAUACUGCAAAUCCCACAGACUGCCCGAAAUGCACGACUGUAAGGAAAUGGAAUCUUGUCGACAAGCCGCUUUCGACCGAAAUGCAAAGAGUGUUUUAAAUGGACAGUGUGUAACACCCAAGUUGCAAACAAUUUAAUUUUGAAAUGUAAUAAAAUUUGCCUAGCUCAAAUCAGGUUGAAGUGAUAUUGGGUUAAAUGAUGUUUGUCAUGAUGAAACUGCGUGUUUGACAAUGGCAAAUUGAAAGUACCAUUCAAUACAUUUUUUAAAUAACGCAAAAACAAAUAAUUCCAAAUGAUUCAUAGCUUGUCUGAUAACCUUGAAUUUGUUUCGAACUAGCACCGGAACGAUAAAAAAAAAUCACGAUAUACAUAUAUACAUAUACACACACACAUAUAUAUAUAUAUAUAGAACACAUUUACACACACAUACACACAGACACAGACACAGACACAGACAUAUAUAUAUAUGUGAAUGUGCUAUAUACGUAUACACAUACUUAUAUACAUAAAUACAUACACAAACACACAUUCAUAUAUAUAUAUA